UUGGAAGGAGAUAAAGGGAGCCCACAGAGGGGUACAGGUCGAUAACGCUACACCAGCCACGGCAGAGAAGAGCUGCGUCCUCCCUGUGCUACAGACGGAUCCAACACAGAUGAUGUCAUCAGAGCACCUGACCUGUGGCUGGCUGCAGAAGCUGCUCAUCGUGCUUGUGAAACUUUGUCUCACUUUUGCUGGGCCUUCGCGACCUCUCAACGGGACCGGCUGCACAGCCAAGAGUCCUGCUUCCUACAUCCUCGUCUUUACAGGUCACUGGAGCCCGCAGGCCUUUCCAAAGCAGUAUCCGCUGUUUCGACCCCCAGCGCAGUGGUCCAAACUCAUAGCGGUCAGCCAUAAUCGCCAUUUUAGGCUAUGGGAGGAAGGCGCUUCAGCCAGUCCAGGAGUGCAGAGCUUUGCUGAACUUGGGCUGACGGUGGAGCUGAUGAAGGCGGCCAAGGAGGCCAGGAAAAAACGUUCCGUCGGAGCCAUGCACCGAACGGCUGGGAUUCCUAACGGCAUCGGGCACAGCUCCACGGAGGUGAUCAUGCAGCCUCGAAACCCACUGCUGUCUCUGAUGGUGAAGAUGAUCCCCAGUCCUGACUGGUUUGUCGGUGUGAAUAGUUUGAAUCUUUGUGAGGGUAACCAGUGGAAACAGGAGGUGAGCGUCGACCUCAAGCCCUACGACGCGGGGACAGACAGCGGAUUCACGUUCUCCUCUCCAAACUUCCCCACCAGCCCCCAAGAAAACAUCACACAGAUCACCUCUCAGAUGCCAAACCACCCAGCUAACUCAUUCUUCUACCCUCGACUGAAGGAGCUCCCACCCAUCGCCAGCGUAAAGAUAACCCGGCAGCAUGGAUCGCCAGAUCGUCACAACACCCUCUCCAAUCACAUUCUGCCCAACUCCAUCAGCCCCCAGCGCUUCUCAGUGACACCUUUAGACUGUGAAGUCUCUCUCUGGUCGUCUUGGGGCCUGUGUCUGGGACCCUGCUCCACAGGAGGAGUUCGCCAUCGCACACGCUACAUCAUGCUGCGGCCGGCAAACGCUGGCAUCCCCUGCCCCGAGCUGGAGGAACAGGCUGAAUGCAUGCCCCACAGCUGUAUGAAGAAACGCCAGUAGCCUCCUGCUCAGGAGGCCAAUGAAUGCUCACAUCACCACUGGUGCAUCUUCAGCAGCCGUCCGACACGGCAGGCCAUCGUUUUGUCUUAGUCGGUUACACACCUACAAGAGUGUGUUUUAGUGGCAAGAAGAGGGAACAGAAAUAUGUUGGAUUAACUGUUGGAUGGUGUCAGGGCUUGAGAUAAAACGUUCACGUCUAAUAAAUGUUUUUAUAUUGCUGGACAAUCCCAUUGACUAAGAAGAUCAGACAGUUUGUAAAAUGUAAAUAAAAACGUGAUUCAAUAACUUGUAAAUGGUAAUGAUACAUAGAUCACAUAUGACAUGUUAAUUAAUUGUAGAAAUAGUUGUUUCUUUUUCUUUCCUUUUUGAAUGUAUACUCAUUCUUAUUUUGGUGAGAGCAGCACAUCAACAAAUGUUUAAACAGGAAAAACGAGACACGUUUACAAAAGUAUUCUGAAAACAAUGACAUGUGAGUUUAAACAAUAGAACUAAUGGCGUGAUCCUUUCAUCAGUAGGUUGAUGGCGAUCUUCUCCCACUCUUGUGUGAAUGCAGAGACGUAUACACAGAUAUCUCCACAGUGAGGUCCUUGCACAUUCUGCAUGCCUUGCAGGCAUUAGUUUACAUAGAUCUCCUGCUUGGCUUGUGAAGCUCUUUCAAAAUAACCCUAAGCCCUGAUUUAUAAAUAUCUUAGUCACAAGAAUGGACUAAAAAGCAAAGAUGCACAAGAACAAUGUGCAGAUUAUUUGAAGAAAGUCAGACAAAUGUGUGUUGUGUCAUCUUUUUUAUAUUUUAUUGUUAUGAUUUUGUUCAUCAUUUAACUGGAAUAAAUAAUUUGAUUUUUUUUAACAAAAAGGUAACUUAGGUCACACUUUUUUCACAUAUAAUUUACAAGAAAGAUUUAUUUUUAUCCAGUGAAGCCAAAGUCUGAGUAUUUGCUCCAAUAAAAACUACAAACC